UUAUAAAUGGCCUCCCCCCCCUGCUUGUGCAGACUCCCUGGGAGCUCGCAGCACCUCGAUCUGGUGUCUGCUGUGUCCUCCGGCCACAGUAAAACACUGAUCGUUGUACAGGACCUCUGUAUGAGGUCCUGAUCAUGUGAUCACUGAUUGGCCAGUGAUCACAUGCAGAGUAGUAAGCAAGAUGUCACUUGUGACAUUGCUUACUACGUGUGAAAUCUGUGAAUGAUCAUAGAGGUCACAUGGUACAAGGCUAUUCACAACAGCCUUGUACCAUGUGACACGCUGUGACCAAUCACAGCUCAC